AUGACUGAAAGUGGAUAUAAAAUAGGAGAGGUUGAUGAAAUUCCUGGUCGUGUGAAGGAAACAUUGUGUCAACCAUGUUUAAGUAAGGAUAAGCAAACUGUAGCUGACAAGUUUUGUUCAACUUGUAAUGAAUUCCAAUGUAAUGAUUGUUCAAAUGUACACAACGUGCUCAACAUCUUGAUAAAUCAUGAAUUGGUGAGCGUGAAAGAAACUAAUGCUACAAGUAUUUCGUUUAUAAUGGAGGCCUUAGAUAUAUGUGAUCAACAUCAAAAACAUUUUAAAUUCUUCUGUGAAGAUGAAAACAUACUUUGCUGCAGUACUUGUGCUAUUGUAAAUCAUCGAAAAUGUCACAGCGUUGUAGAAAUUGAGAAGAUUGCAGGGAAAAUGACGUCAGUAGGUUCUAAAUUAGGGGAGAAAUUGUUGGAAGCUAGAGAAGAUGCUGAGGGUAUUGCAAGACACAUCCGUUCUUCAAAAGACCAACUUGCUAAAGAUAUAAAAGAAAUACAUGUUAAGGUUAGACGAAUGCGAGACGAAGUAAUGAGAAUGUUUGACGAUUUAGAAGAUUUUGUCAUCAAGAGAGCUGAAACUCUUCAGAGAGAAACAUCAGAAUAUCUGACAAUGAAACAAACACAAAACGAUAAACAUUUGGUUGAUGUUACAUCGUGCUUGGAGACGAUUGAAAGUAUUUUCAAAAAUGGAACUCCAGUUCAGAAAUAUAUAGCAGAACAGAAAAUGGAGAGUAAAAUCAAUGCCCUCUGCAGAAACAUCAGGAAGGAAUGUCAGAAUUUAAUGACGGUGAACAUUUCUUUUCAUUUUGAUGAAACAUUAAAACUUCCGCCAUUACCAGUUACUGAAUACGUUCCAGCACAAUUGCUAUUAAAGUAUUAUCGCCAAAAAGAUCUAAAUUCUGUUAACAUGGCGAUGACUUUAACACAAGUUUCUGCUAUUGUUUUGGAUAAAUCGGGAGAUGAUAUCGAUGAACCGUUCUAUACAGGAAUAGAUUUUCUACCUGAUGGUAGACUGGUGGCUGUAGAUAACACAAACAAGAGAUGUUUAGUGUACAAUGAGAAGCUUGAGAAAGUAGGAUCACAUCAGCUGUCUUACAUACCAUUAUCUGUUGUUGUAGUAUCCGAGGAGGAAGUAGCGAUAACACGUGGUAAUGAAUACAGUAUAGAAUUUCUACAUGUUAGUAAAUGUAAUGAAAUAACUUCAAGUAAGACAUGUAGAGUGAAAUCGAAAUAUUACUCCAUAUGUAUGAAAGAUGAUAAACAAUUUGUAGUUGGAACGUUUGGUGAACCAAAACCUGUCCGUAUUGUAUCAAUGACAGGAGAGGAGCAUGACUUUAGUGUUAACUUUCCAAACAAGACAUAUCCGAUAGGCACUAGCGCUAGUACUUAUAUAAACAGCAGCGACAAAGUGGUGAUUACAGAUAGAGACGAGCAUACUGUCUGCAUAUGUGACAUAAAGACAGACACGAGAGUCGAAGUGAAAGAUAAUUUGAUACAGGAACCACGUGGUGUAACAGUUGGUCCCUUUGAUACUAUCCUUGUGUGCAGCAAUAAAACAAACACCAUUGUACAGAUAUCCCAAACAGGUCAGAUGUUAUCAUCGUAUAAUAUAGAUAUGAAAUAUCCAUAUAGAGUAUGUGUUUCGCGUGAUAAAUCAUGUCUUGUUGUUACAAAUAACUGUCUUGGAAAUAAUACUAUGCAGAAAUUCAAAAUAUCAACAUAG